GCCUCGGUGACUUCCAGGGGAAAAUGGUGCGCUGCGUGGUGUGCCCUUGCAUCCCAUGGUGAACUGUUUACUUUCAGCAUGUUUUGGUCACAGGCUGCGAUGUUUACACGGCUCGUGCAGUCACUAGUGAUAUCUGCUGUUUUCGUAGCUUUUGGUUCUCCGAGCAGCGAUCGCACCCACACUCGAAGAAUAAGCGGCUCGCUUAAAUACUGAAAGGUUGGCGUCACCUCUGCGCGCAGUCGCGCUGUUGAUGCAGGGCCAUGGCGUUCAUGGGCAAGUUUUCCAAGUGCCCGCUGUGCCACAAGGAGUUCAGCACGUCGGGCAGCCUCUCCAAGCACAAGAGACGCGUGCACAAGGUGAUGCCUGAUCCGACGAAAGCGGCUCGCGCUGGCCGGGAGGUGAAGUGCGGUGAGCAAGACUGCGCCUACGUCGCCACAAGGCGCGACGAUAUGCGCGACCACUUGGUCGUCGAGCACGGCCUCUCGCUGGUCGAGGUGCAGGAAGAGUUCGAGUCCAUGAACGACUUCCGCGAGUGGAUGGACCUGGUGUCUCGUGCCAACCGGACGCAGUUCGCUGCGCGGGCCAGCGACACGCAGGCUCGGGCGACCGUCCAUCGCUACGUCUGUCACCGCUCGGGUCUGAGCAACCUGAAGACUACGGCGCGGCGGCGUAGGAUCAAAUCGCAGGGCUCGUGCAAGAUGGGCGGUUGGUGUACCGCCUACCUGAACGCUCGCGAGUGCCUGCUCACGGGUGCGGUGCGCGUCAACGGUUGUCUGACCCACUACGGCCACGACAUGGACGUCGUCCACCUUCGUAUCUCCGCGGCCGACCGGCGCGCUAUUCUGGCCGAGAUUCGGCGUGGCGUGCCUUUUGACCGCAUCCUCGAGAACAUUCGCAGCGAUUUCCCGCAGGACGCGCGGGAAAUAACGCGCACGCACCUCAUCACCAUGGGUGAUAUCCGUAACAUCGCCGUCUCAGAAGGUCUGCUCUCCUGGAAGUUGGACGUGGACGACGAUCGUAGCGUUCGCAAGCUUGCCGCGCGUUUCGCGGCCCAGUCGUACAGUCCGAUCCUUCUGUACAAAUCCCGAGGCGCUACCUCAGACGCCUCCACGGAAGCUGAAGUCGGCAGUUUUCGGGGUUUGGCCGACGACGACAUGGCACUAGUGAUUCAGACGCGCUACCAACGAGAUCUGGUCAACACAGACCCCGCACUUGUUUGCGUCGAGCCCGUGACUGGUCAUAGCUCUGAGUACACAUUGCUGGCCCUUUUGGCCACAACGUCUGCCGGCGUGGUGGUUCCUAUUGCCUGGUGCGUCUGUGGCGCUGCCAACCCUGCUGUCGUGACCGCUUUCUUCGAAGUCGUCCAUCAGAACAUGGGCGACUUCACGCCGCGAUUCUUCAUGUCGGAAGACACCGACUUCUAUUUCACGGCCUGGCUCGAAGCUUUCGGGGCCGAACCCCGGCCACACAAGAUUAUUUCUUCGUGGCACAUACAGCGUGCAUGGACUGAAGCCGUCAACACGUGGGUUCGCGGACGGGAGAAGCAGGCAGCUGUGAACAGGUCGCUAGAACUGCUCUUCAACCAGGAGUCUGCAGAAUCCUUCCAGAAGAUGCUGCGCCGGGUCAUAAGCAUGCUCAAGAUGGAUAGCGACACUGCCAGCUUUGGCGACGUGUUUGAAUCCACCUAUGCCGGACGGCCGGAGCAGUGGGGAAGUUGCUUUUUCAGGGACCUUGAGAUCAACAUUGAAGACUUCCACACGUUGUUCAGGCGCAUUGCAAGCCGCCUAAAAGUGAAGAGAUUAGACAAGAUAGCCCAUAACCUGCUGCUUGCCUCUGAAUCCAAACAGUACGAGAACUACAUGAAAGUUUUGCGUCAAACGCAGCCCGAGGCAGAAAGUUCGAAAAAGCAGAAGGCAGGACUGGCUUUAAGUGAACUAGUCGCUACUGAUUCUGAUGGAGUGCCAGUUGAGGUUGUGUCCAUCGAUACAAUGAACAUUGUUGAAACUGUGUCUAUUGACACAGUUACCUUUGAGGCAAUGACAUCAGCUGGGAUGCCAAUUGAGGUAGUGCCUAUCGAAGAAGUGCACAUGCACGAGCUACAGUCUGAGGAGCCACAAAUUGAGACCAUGCACAUUGAAGAGGUGCAGGCUGAAACUUCGCCAGAGCUGGAGGUACCUUCAGAUACACAAGACAUGCCAGAGCAUGAACAUCCACCUUUGAAGCCGAAACGUCUUGGUCGUAAGUCCACACACCAGAUGGAGUUGAAAAUCUUGGAAGCACAUCAGGAUGCACUGAACAUUUCUCCUGAACAAAUAGUUCAUGUAACUGACCACCAGUGGAGAGUCAGUGAUGAAGGUGUCAUCUAUGACGUUGCUGAGGUUCUCGGCUGCCGCAAGGCCAAUUGUCAACCUCGCUGCAAGCAAUGCAGUGCCUGCCCGCAUAGGUACCAGUGCACUUGUGGCAGCGCGGACAUGUGCCGCCACAUCCACGCAUGUCUCAUUCAUGCAAGUGAAAUCUUCGCAGAGCCAAUGGGUAUGACCGAAGAGGUGGUGAACACGAUGACACCUGAAGCACUGGCCGAAAGCACAAGCUUUGCAUUUUCAAGGAUUGAGCCUGCCGAAGAAGUGGCCACGCUGGGAGACAAGAAGAAGCUGGAAGUGCUUUGCGCCUUACAUAAGCUGAACGAAACAUGCGUCCGCGCAGCUGAGAUGCUUGCAGCAAGGGAGGGCUUACCAGUGACUCACCAAGCAGACUACAUUUUGUCAACCCUGAAGGCAACCAGCACUGUGUUGGACACCUUCUGUCGCAAAGGCAUGACACAGACUUUGAAAAAGCUGGCUGAUCAUGACUAUGAAAGCACAAAUUAGUGUUGAGCUUAGCACACAUUAGCUUCACUGUGCAUUUAGUUCAGGGGGUCACUGCCAAGUGUAGAUUGAGGAAUGUUUGGGCAACUUGUGAAAUAGAAGACUAAGAGGUGUGAACCACUUGUUUGAGACCCCUGUACUAGUUUUCGUGAUGUGCAGAGCAGUUGCUACACCAGUGAACAGUUGUCUUCCACUGCAUUGCAAUUUCAUCAAGACAGUGAAGAAAGUGGAUAGUGCCCACAUGUGAUGGUGUGUGUGACCUUACACAAUGUGUUGUGAAGACUGUUGAAUAGCUGCUAGUAACUUACCUUUAUUGGCACUGCACUACUAGGUAUGAGUAAUAGGUCAUGAAUGACUUUCGUUGAAAAACCAUAGCUAGAGCUUAAACUGUACAUUGCAAGCUACAAGUCAUACAGACGUUUAAUGGCCAGUUGGUCAGAACAAAUUCCAUAGAAGGGCAAUGGAGGUUCUUUGAACAUGUGUGUAACGUGAACAGCAGUGCUGCCACUGCUCACAUGGACACUUUUCUAAUCGUGUCGCUAUGCCACCUGCUACUUUGCAGGCUUGCAAUGCCACCUGCAAUGUCCGUGUUCCACUGUGCGUAACCUCUAGUAUUGCCUUUAGACUUGAUGCAUUGCAUUCGGCAAUGUAACAUUUCCAAGAAUUACGUUUGCUGUGAAUAGUGCUCGCAGUGCUUUAAAGCUACUGAAUGCAGUGUGUACCGGUGCGAAUUGCAUGUCACGUUGGCAAACAGCAGGCAUCAUUUUUAUGGCUUCGUCAAAAUGUGUGUGCAUUACCCAUUUCCAUGCAACUCCAAACCACGCAGUGCUGGUCAGCCAUGCUAGUCGGAGUGGCUCAGGGAUGCGAUGUCAUGGUACUGCAGCACAAUGGCCACUAACAAGCAGAAACUUCCACCUGUUAAUGCCUACAUCGAACCAUUUCUUCAUAGUAUUAAACAAGCGAAACUGGCCCAGUUAGUGCAGAACUUGGGGUUUGUGGUACCCGCAACACAGAGAUUGAACUGCACUAUGUGCCGUAUCGGGAGCAGCUUCAUUCAUGAACCACCUUUGACAUGCAUCUACAGCAAUCUUCACCUACGCCGAAUGAUUUGAUCUUCAGCAUUUGUUGACUACUACAAUUGCACUGCCUGUUUCUUUUAGUGAGUCGCCCUGCAAAAUCUAAUGUUUGAAAUCGUUACACCUUUGUCAGACGUUGUUUGGGCUUGUUCGGCAGAAUCGCCUUUCAGCACAUUGUUUCAUUUGGUGGGUACUGAAUCGUUAACCAGCACUAAACAUAAUACUGCUGUAAAUAAACACUUAGUGCAUGAAUGUUUUGGUUAUGUAGAAAAAAAUAAUUCAGUCAUUGUUAUUUCUGUGUCAUGGAGAGUCGCCAAAUGAAUUGUUAACUUGGUUCACUGCUCUGAUUUUUAUCUCUCUUUUUUACUCUUGCGUCAUAGAUGGUACAAACAAAGUUUGUUUUAUUGGAAGGGGAGAUAGAAUGUCUGACAAAACAAAUAUAUUAUUUUGAUGCGGAAUCAGUUUGUAGUUGUUGCUGAAGCAGUGGGUUGCAGUAGCACGUGUUUUAGACUGUGCAUGCAGAGAGUAAAUUAAGGCGAGUUGCUUGUGCUGCUAGCGUCGUUAACCUGUCUAAUGAAGUACAGGAAUUUCAACCUUGCAGCACUCCAGAGCUGCUGCUAUAGGGCUCUUGCAAAUAGCACUUCCAGUGAAGCAGCUUUUAUUUAAAGGGGUACUGACGUGAAAAUUUUCAGUUCUUUUUGUCAGAUGAAAGGCCAAGCCCUCAAGAGCCCUGAAAAUUUACUGCUAAGCGUGAGUGCACCCUGAAAAACUAAUUACAGUAUGCUUUUAGAAGCUAGUUUCGGUUCCUACUGUACCCUGACGUCACAACACGGCAUGAGCUUCUCGUCACGUGCUCGCGCAAGAUAUCGCGACAUUUCCACGGGCGCUUCGCACCGUGGCUCCACUGGUGGUGCACAAGCGGCCAUUUUAGAAGUUUUGGUAUCUGACGUCAUCACAACUAGCCAGACUUCUUCGCGAGAUCACCAGAAUUGGUACUGUAGCCUGACGUCAAGCUAGUGACGACGUCGAUAGGUGCGCCGUUGGAAAAUUGACUUUAAUAUCAAAAUAAAAUAUCUUAGCAUUUGCUGAGCUUCACACUUGCUCAGAGCCAUCUCUGUGUACAAGAGAUUUGUGUGGCAGAGUAAACUCGCCUUCGAAAAAUGGUGUCAGUACCCCUUUAGACCCUGACCAUACUGGUCUGUAAACUGGCUCCGUGUUGUGACAGAUAUUGCAUUUGUGAAUAGGCACGCGCGCAUCCUUAAUUUCAUAUAUAUAGAUACAAUGCUGUAAAUAAUAUUGCGCCAUGUUGUCUCUGUUAUGCUAACAGCCACGUGUGCCUAUUAUUCGACAGUUUCUUUUCCAGCCUUGUUCACUAUGGAUCUCAAGCGGUGUUACAAAUUUACAUGGAGCAGUGAACUCCAUUUUAUCCAUUGUAAGGAAAGCAUAUCUUAUGGAGACGCUGAGCUUUUAUAAAGUGACUCUAGUUUACAGUACUGUUGAGUAUCGAAGUGCCUGUGCUUAAAUAUCCUGUUCACCAUGUCCGCAGGUCUUUUACAGCAAGUUUUGCAGGAGUUUACACGUGAUCUAGUGCAUGCAUCUUUUGUUUUUACCAAUGCUUACGGAGUUGUGUCAGCAUGAUUCCACUAACUUGCAGAGACUCAUUACGUUCUAGUCACUUCGAACAAACAACACGGCACAGAAAAGGAUUGUGCGAGCUGAGUGUAAUUGUCUUUUGCGUGUGCUUGACAAGAAAAGCUAGGAAGUUAGCGAUGCAGUGCACACACGAGAUGUUGUUCUAGUGUGCCUUUUUUUUCUGCUUGCUGCUCUGUCAAACACUCUUCACUUGUGUUCACGUGAUGUCUCAAUGCAUUAAAAGCUACAUGCAAUCAGCCUGUGGUCUACUUUGUACAGACCAACCAAAGUGCAAGAGAGCCUUUGCAAAACCAUCGACUCUUGUGCGCAACAUCUCAUGGCGCUCUUUGGCCAGGUUGGCCCUUGCACCAUAA